CCAUCUAUCUUCACCUUGGGAAAUCAACAGUUCUUUUUUUCAUUUUAUAAUCCCUUGGGAGGGUACAUGUUUAGGUAGUUUAAGUGGGUUCUUGUUUUAAAUUUGAUUACAGAUAUCUUGUACUGAUUUUUUCACUGUUCACUCUCACUGCUGCUUAUACAUUCUUUAUCUUUUAUCUUUAUCCUCCUGUGAUAUAAACAGAAACUGGCGUGUUGAGGUAGAAAUGUUCAGAUAGGAAAACCAACCACCACAAGGAAACAAAGAAAGCGAAAUCCCAAAGAAGCUACAGCUGUGUGAAUCACAAUCUCAUCUGGGUUUUUGUGAUUUUGCUGUUUUAGUUCUUUGUUUUUUACUCUCUUGCUUGUUCAAUUCCCAUAUUGUUCUUAUCGUUUGUUGCCACCAUUCUGAAUAAAUUUCAGAAUACUACUAUACGGCUCACUUGCUCAGGCAAAAAUUUAAUUUCUUUUAUUUUUUUUUUAAUUUGAAAAAUGCAUUAUAGCCCAUGAAUCGAGGUUUGAUGUUAGCUACAGCUUCCGUUUUCUUGGAUAAAAAACUUUGGUUAUUUCUGUUAUAUUUAAGCCUUCUUUUUCUGCAAUUCUCAUUGUCCUUUGAUUGAUGUUCCCAUCACUUAAAAGAGAGAGGUGAGAAGAGAGAUCGUAUCCGGUGUUGUUUGUUAAAAGCAUUCAAUUACUGACUUCUCCCAGGACAGCUUUUCAGGACUUCCAACAACUACCCUCUAUUUAAUCCUCCACUCCAUUCCAAUAUCACUUCUUCUUCAACAUUUUCUCCCCUCCUCCUUCAUCUUCUCCUCUGUUAUCUCAGUACUCAUCACAGAACACCAACAAGUCUAGCUAGCCCAAUUCUUCUAACAAUCAACAAAGACUCAGCAGCAGAACAAAGAGAGAAAUGGGUUAUUGCUGUAGACAACAUCUUCUUUUGAUUUCUCUGAGUUGUUUCUUGAUUUUAAGCUCAACCCAAGUUAGAUUCAUGGCUGAAGGAUCAAGAACUUUGUUCAAACUUUUGGAAGAACCUUUAGCUAUUAGUCCUCAACCCCAAGUAAUGAAAGGAAUUGAAGAGAAGAAGAUUAUGAUAAAUGAGAGAGUCAUGAUUGGAUCACAUCCACCAAGAUGUCAAAUGAAAUGUAACACAUGCAGACAUUGUGAAGCAGUUCAAGUCCCAGCAGUUCCUCAGAGCAGCAGCAAUCAGAAGAAGAAAAUUAGUACUGCUACAACAACUAGUAUCAACAGUAAGAUAUCAACUGCAAUGAGAGGUGAUGAUAAUACUAAUUACAAACCCAUGAGUUGGAAAUGCAAAUGUGGAGAUGUCAUCUUCAACCCUUAAUAGGAUGAUGGAUGGAUGGAUGGAAAAUUAAAUUAAAAGCUCUACCCAACAUUUGUUGAUCAAAUCUGUGGAUAUAUAUUAUAUUAUGUUGAUCAUCAUAGAUUAAUACUUCUUCUUAUUAUUAUGAAGUGAACAUUCUUUAAAUUUUCUCUCUCUUUUUUUUUUGUAAUGAUCUUCAAAUUCUCAAUCUCUAAAACUUAGCUAGAGUUUUAGUGGAUGGAUGGGCAUGGUUUUUGUACCAUUUUUGGGUGGUGAUGGUGUUCUACUGUUCUUCUUCAUGAUAAUCAAAGUUUAGUGAUGAUUAUAUAAUU